AUGUGGUGUUCAGUUUCAAUUAUAAUCGUUUUAGGAUAUGUCAGUGCCCAAGAACUUACUGAAGACCAAUACUCGUCAAAAUUAGGUCAUCUAAAAGAAAUACCCAGACGAUUCGAAGUUCGCGGCAAACAAAGCAAUCUAUUCACGAAAUACGUCAAUGACAUACAAAAAAUAGCCGACGCGAACAACUUCACUGUACUAUACAAAGUGAAAGUGGACUUAGCUAAGCCACAAAACAAGAAACAUUUGAAGAAGAUCACUUUUAAGUCAAAGAAGGUGAAAUCAAAGAAGUACAAUGUGCCGCUGAAAAAGCAGAGUAUGAAAUUGUCCAACUUCGAGAUCAUGCUAAGAAAAAUCGCAGAAGAGAAUGGCGUACGUGGUAGAAUGCGUAAAGUAGAUGAACACGAACACUUCACGACUGAGAAUGUACUGUUACCGCAAUUCUAUAACAGCAAACAGUUCAAAUUUCUCAAAUUCAAACCAGAAGUGAGCAGAAUCAAAAUAAAUUACACCAAAAUCGUUAAGCCUGUUAAAAAUAAAGUUAUAACUUUGACAUCGAAAAUUGAAUGA